UCUGUGAUAAAAUGGCGGCGCCCAUGGUAGCACGAUUGUGUGAAACGCCAGGCUGUAGUAAAGAUGCCAAAUUACAGUGUCCAACUUGUAUUAAGCUUGGGGUUCCAGGAUCAUUCUUUUGUGCACAGGACUGUUUCAAGGCUUUUUGGUCUGAACACAAGAAAAUUCACAAGUUGGUCAAAGGGAAUGAUAAGCAGUCAUCAGACCAAUAUAAUCCAUGGCCAGGCUUCAAAUAUACAGGGCUGGUGCGGGCAGCCAAGGUGACACCCAGAAGGAUUGUUCCUGACCACAUACCAAGGCCAGACUAUGCUGACCAUCCAGAAGGUGUGCCAAUAUCGGAAAGACAGAUGAGAGGGACAACUAACAUAAAGGUUUUGUCAGACGAGGAACAAGAGGGACUCAGAGUCGCUUGUAAGCUUGGUCGAGAGGUCCUCGAUAUAGGGGCAGCAGCCAUAGGUGUAGGAGUUACAACAGAAGAGAUCGACAGACUUGUCCAUGAGGCCUGUGUGGAUCGAGAAUGUUAUCCUUCUCCCUUAAAUUACUACGAAUUCCCAAAGUCCUGUUGCACGUCUGUAAAUGAAGUGAUAUGUCACGGUAUUCCAGACAUGAGACCUCUAGAGGAUGGCGACAUAGUGAAUAUUGAUAUUACAACUUUCCACCGUGGAUUCCAUGGGGAUUUGAACGAAACCUUUUUUGUUGGCAAUGUGAAUGAAGGAAGUAAAUCUUUGGUGAAGACAACUUAUGAAUGUCUGAAAUUUGCUAUUGAUGAAGUAAAACCUGGUGUACGUUAUAGAGAGAUGGGUAACAUAAUACAGAAACAUGCCCAGGCCCAUGGCUACUCUGUAGUGCGGAGCUACUGUGGACAUGGCAUUCACCAACUUUUCCACACAGCUCCAAGUGUACCACAUUAUGCCAAAAACAAAGCAAUCGGUGUGAUGAAGCCAGGGCAUACAUUUACGAUAGAACCCAUGAUCUCUGAAGGAACAUGGAGAGAUGAGAUGUGGCCCGAUAACUGGACAGCAGUCACUCAGGAUGGGAAGAGGUCAGCCCAGUUUGAGCAGACAUUACUUGUCACAGAUAUAGGUUGUGAGAUUCUCACACGGCGUAGGGAUAAUGAUGGACAACCACACUUUAUGGACAAAAUGUGAUGGUGAUGUGUCCGUGAUGUACCUACAGUAAACAUUAUCAUACAACUUCUACAAGUAUGGGGUAUCAGAUUAACACUGAGCCAGUACCUGUGCAAGUGAUAUCAAAUAAUUGAUGAAAUGUUUAUGUUUUAUAUUCAUUUUUGAUGUUAAAGAAAUGCUACAGUUGGUCAAGUCGCUGUUCAUUUAUGUAAAGUUUGACCACACGAGAUUAACUCAAGCCUACGUUCCCCACUCCAGAUUUCAAAUCGCUUGAAUUGUCCAAUGGCAAAUAACCAGAUUACUACCAUAGGCAUCUUACUGCAUAUAAUACACAUAAAAACAAACUAUGAUAUGUUUUACUUCUGUCGGCUUUGAUGGUUUAAUGUCAUAAUAAAUCUGAUCAGUGCUGUAGCUUUUGUUUUGUUGUGCAUGUGUGUACCAUAUCAUUUAGUCCUGUAGAGAUCUGUAACACACUUGUUUUUGCUGCAGACCCGUCACUGUGUAAGUGCCAUUUAAACUCUGCAAAACUUCAAAGCAUUAAUUUUAGUACAACUUUGAUAUCAUAUUGAUAUGUUUUGAUUUGUUUUGUUUUGUAUUUAUAUUAUUUCUCCUCACAAGUAGACAGUUAUGAAGUUAUAAACAUAUUGAGUAACAUUGUGGAGAGUUCUGAAUAUGUUUGUGUUUAGAAUGGCCAAGUGUUAGACAUGUGGUAGCCUGCUGUGGGGUGUCAUUAAGCAAGAUUGUAUAAAAUAGAAACAGAGUUAUUAACAACAAAUAUGAGUCAAGUUUUACCAACUGAUCAUAAUCACUGUUAUUGGCUCCAAUAGAAGUGGGCCUUAAAGGGCAAGGAAACAUACAAACUUAGAAUUAACUUUCACAGACCAGGUGAUCUCAUACCUUUUCAUGUCUGAUUUGGGAAUCGAUCCGAGGUCACCCUGGAAAAUGGAUCUGAGGUCAUCAUUGGAAAAGGCACGUGUAACAUUCACUAUACCACCUUGAUUGAUAACAAGAAAAUUUUCUUUUUCUUUGAUAUGAAAUCUCAAAGGAGCCUAUAGAUUAUAAUUCAAAUGAACUCACCAUAGCGUGGCAUUGUAAACUCGCUACAAUAUGGCAUUGUUACUUAACUCGCCAAAAUAUGCAGUUGUUACUAAAAUCAAGCUUUAGGUAGAAAACUCGCUAUAUCUAGCAGAAUUAUCUAAUAAAGGAGACUUUCUUGGUAUGGUUUAUCAGUCCCUUGCUUUGGAACUAUUUCUGAAUGUAUCGAAUCACAAGAUCUGAUGAAAUUAUAUUUUGCAUGUGAUAAGAAAUGUUUAUAUUUGUGCAUUAUAGUGUAUCUGUACUGGGUGUGACUGUACUGGUAAUGCUAGCACAUAUCCUUUGGAUCUUGGUCUAAAUGUUUUUGACUGCUGAUGUACUGUGUUGCUGAAUGUCCUUGUAUAAGUAUCAUUGCCCAUUAGAGGUCUGAAUGUACGUAUCAUAAAUGUACAAAUGUACAAUUCAUUUUAAGGGUGUGUACUACCUUAUUGUAGAUUUGUAUCAAUUCAUACAAUGUAUAAGUGUACAAUUUAUCUUAAGGAGAUAUACUACUAUGUAUAAUUGGAAAUUCUAUCUUAAGGAUGUAUACUACCUUAUUUUUUUAAUUGGAUCAGACAAUGUAUAAUUGUACACUUUAUCUUAAGAGUGUAUACUACUAUAGAUAUAUAUCAGACAAUGUAUAAUUGUAUACUUUAUCUUAAGGGUGUAUACUACUAUAGAUAUAUAUCAUACAAUGUAUAAUUGUACACUUUAUCUUAAGAGUGUAUACUACUAUAGAUAUAUAUCAUACAAUGUAUAAUUGUAUACUUUAUCUUAAGGGUGUAUACUACUAUAGAUAUAUAUCAUACAAUGUAUAAUUGUACACUUUAUCUUAAGGGUGUAUACUGCCUUAUUGUACAUUUGUGCAUUUCAUUUCAAAGACAAUAAGAAACCAUUAAUAACUGUUGUGAGUGAAAACUUGGUAUUUUCUAUGUUAUAGUGAAAAAAUGGUACAGUACCUGUACAUAUACCUAUACAAUGUAUAUCUAUUAUUUUGGUCAUCCUGGUGUGUUUUUAAAAUAAAAUGUUAUUGGAGGUAACUUUCAUACAAAUAUACAUACAUGUAUGUUUAAACUAAUUGAAGAGCAUAACUUUUUGUUAACAAUGUAUUUUAUAUGCUAUACUAAACAUCGUUUACUGAUUGGUGUGUUAUUUAAAUCUCCCUUCGUCUGUGGUCUGUCAUCACUCCAUCUGUUCAUCGUUUGUACGUAAACUGUCCUUGUUACGCUAUAUCUCAGAGAGUACACCAUGGAUCUUUCUCAAAUUUCAUAUGUAGGUUCCAUUUGGUCCCUAGUUGUACAUAUUCCAUUAUGAGACUGAAAAAAAAUCAGUCUUACACGUACCAAAUAAAGUUUAUUCAAUGAUAGGCGCCAAGAUGCCUCUGGGAUCUCUCGUUAAUGAUGCAGAGUAAUGGUAAUUAGUGCUGGUAAUUUAUGUUUCCCGAUUUGAUCAUGUUCUCUUGGAGUUUUAUACUUGAUUGUUCUAAUGGCUUUACCUUAUUGUUCCUUUUCCAUUGUGACAUCACAGCAUUGUGUUUUGCAUACAUGUACCUCUAAUGGAUUCUGCAGUGAGUGAUACACAUGUGACGGGUUGGAUAAUCAAUUGCCCAGUACAAUUGCUAGGAGUGUAUGAUACAGUAUGAUACAUUUUAAAGAUUUAAGGGUUUUUUCCUUAAAUCAUUGGAAGUCUAUUAAAUCUUUCACUUGCAAAAAA